AUGACGCCCUUACCUGAGCAGCCUGUGGCUGAACAACCACAUAAAGUGGAAGAAGAAAAUAAGGAGAAUGUUCCUGCUAAUGAGAAAACUGACAAUUAUUAUAAAGAUGAACUCGUCAAUGAAACAACGACAUUACCACCUCCUGAAACAGUCAGCAAUGAAGAAGAAAGUAAAGAACCUAUUGAAAAAACUAUUCACGAACCAAUCCAGAGUCCAAAUGAGCCUGCAUUUUGGACAAUGUUAGCUAAAGGGAGGAAGUCUGAUACAUAUUUUAACAUCUGGUAACCUGGGUUUGAUACCAAAUUUUGCCACUUAUUAGCUAUGUACCAAGGGCAAAUCCAUAAACUUCUGUGAUCCUGGAAAAUGGAGCAAAGGACAGCUCCCCCAAGAUUGCUGUGAAGGGGAAAGACUCUGAUGUGAAUGCUACAGAUGAAGACUACCUGGCAGAACUACAGGAAGCCAAAUUAAAGUUAAUGCUGGGCCUCUUGUUGAUGACUCUCUUCCUUUUUGUCAUCCUCUUGGCAAUCUGUAGUGCCGUGAUGUACAAAAUGAAGACAAUGAACCCCGGGGGUCGGUGCCAGCGUUUGUGCUGCCAGUUCAGGCACCGGGAAAUGCGGUGGGAACUGAGUGAGGCAGCUCGUGGCAGCAGCUUGGAGGUGCUCGGAGUGCAGCGGAGCCAUGUUGAAUCCAUAGGCACAACUAUGGAAGAAUUGGAAAGAAUCAACAAAGAAAUCGAGUCAGUCAAGGCUGAGGUUGCAGAAAAGCGGAAGAGGCUCUCCAGGUUUACUUUAGCGCUUGAAGAGCUAUCGCAAAGCCCCGUGGCCUCCUUGAGUGACACAAUUGUGAGACAAGGUUUUCCUGAAAAUAGCCUGCUCCCAAAAGAACAGUGGAAUGAACCGUCAAAGAGCAAAGAGAGUCAGCCUAGAAAGUACGUGAUGGACCACAGGUGUCCAGCAACUGACCUUGAAUAUGAUCCCUUGCUCAAUUAUUCUGCAGGGCUGCUUGGGGCAUCUAAAGCAAUGCGGGGUGAGACUGACAGGCAGCACUUCUGGAAAAAAUCUGUGGGUGGAAAUUGCCACAAGUCCCUGCAGAGCCAAAGACCUUAUGUUUCACCAAUACGAAUUAAAAUAAAUCUUCAAGAUUCUGAUGAAGAUGACCUUGUAAUGGAUGUACCUCCAAUCAUUCCUACUUCUAAGAAAUCUAAACCAUUUAGAGGCUUUAAAUAUCAGAAUAUGGAUGAAAAGAUCCAAGUAUCGCCCCUGGAGGAGAGAAAUCUUCAGAUCAGUGGUAUAGAAGAGGAAAAAAUAGAUGAAACCCAGCUAACCGCACAAACAGAUGAUGACAGUAACAAGUUCGAACCACCAAAAUCACACCUGAAAACCUCACUAGAUACUAAAACUAACAUAAACUUGUGGGGUGUUAAAGACCACAUUUCUAAGAUGGAAAGCUUCGAUGGUGAGGAAAAGCAUGUCUGUAUUUCAGGAGGAAGUAUAACUUGUGCACCGCUCAGUGACAAAGAAAUACAGAAGGAAAGUCAUAAUGAAAGUUAUCCAAAGAGCAGAAGACGUGUAAAUACAAUUGAUGAUACUCAAAAAGAAGAAACUGAAUGGCGAUACUCACCAAGCCAACUCCAGUUCUCUUAUUCAGACGAUCAUGUGAAAGACAAAGUUCUGAGAGUACAAGACGACAGUCAAGACUUCACUACUUUUGAAGACAACAGAUUAGUUGAAGUUGAUUUUGGUAAGGAACGUACUGAAGAUGACACUCCCUCUGAGGCUGAUGACACUGUAAAGGAAUGUCUUCGAAUUUUCAAUAAGUUCACACGAAGCAAAGCUCAUAAGGGAGAGACUGCUAAGCAGCCUUCAGGAAAGCAAAUGGAAUUAGAUAUGCAAUAUUACCAAAACAUUUCUGGACCGAAAAGGAGGAUUGCACACACUGCCAAGUUUGAUGUUCCAACCAGUAAAGAGAUCACUAGCCCAUCCAGGGGACCAGUCCCACCAUUAAUUAGUCACACUGGAAUCCUUCAGGCCCAGCAACAGGCAGUGCAGAUAAUGGCUGCCAUUAAGGGUGGGCAGGCUUUUGUUGCUGCUACUUCAGAACAGAAAAAAAAUACAUUUGCAUGUCCAGCCUCUCAGACCCAAAGGAAAGCCUCAGGAGAAAAUUCAUGUACAUCAGACAGCCUUCAUGGGGAUGUAGCUCUUUCAAAGGAAAAUCCAACUGCAAAGCCAAACAGAUCACACAUUCCUGUGGAAAGUAUUGCUUCUUUUCCUGUAAAGGCUAAAAUAGAAGAAAAGACCAUUUAUGAAUGCUGUGGCCGUCGAAAUAUGUAUGUGAACAUAGCAAGAAAUACUCUGAAGAAGCUGAGAGACCAAGCUUCUAGGAGGAUGUGCUGUCGAUGUGGGAAGAUCUAUGGCGUGACUCCUGCAGGCAAACACAGCAGCGUAGAGGAAUGUCACUACCACUUUGGCCGACUGUGCUAUACAGCCAAAGGUUUGGAACUUACUCAAGUGACAGUGGUUGAUCCCAGCCUCCAGGUGGGCUAUGAUACAUCUGUGAAACCAGAUGAAGAAGUCAUUGACUAUAACACUAGGUUUUCUGGUGUGGUUGAAGAUGACUUGAAGGACACGAAAACCUCAAUCCGUGAUGUGCAAGCCACCUUGUUGAACCUGUUCAGCACUGACACUGUACUAAUUGGACAUAGCUUUGAAGGUAGUCUCUAUGCACUUAAGACAAAACAAGAUAAGAAUCACUAUGCUGAUGACUUUGUCCAACUCUUAUAAACCAGAAGAAGUAUAAGAUGCCCAAGUCAUCUGGCUAAACAAGAUCAGAACGAAAGUCCAUUAUCAAUUGUGAUGAAACCGAAAUCGUUCUUUUGACAUGGUCUUAGAUCAUUGUCUUUAAUAUUCAAUAUUCUGCAGCCAGGAACCAGUGUCCAGGAGGUGGCUGACACAUUACAAUUAAUUCAUACUUCAGCUGUGGACACGACAGUUAUGUUUCCUCAUCGGCUAGGCUCGCCUCACAAAAGAUCCCUUAAAAGUCUAGUGGCCGACUACCUGUGGAGAAUCAUUCAGGAUGAUGGUCACAAUUCAAGUGAAAAUGCAACCGCCUGCAUGGAACUCUGGAAGGUAAAAGACGACCUGAAAGGAAAGAAGUAACCACUUUGCCCAAGAAUAUCUUAAACCUCUGCAUUGCAUCCGUGACUACUUGGCCUUCACUGCUGGCAGUAGAGUUUGGUCUACAAUAACAUGAGGUUUCUCCACACUUUCAAAGAGAAGAGGAGAAGGAAAAGCACUGUUGAGGCAGUGUCCUACGGCUCUUCUAAACACACUGAAAUCGAAUCGAUAUACCCAGUACUGGAAUUGUCUAAUUUCCUUUAAGGCGUUGGUUCUUUCCUUCUUAAUUGCUUUUUGAUAAUGUGGAAACUGGCCCAUGGAAAUGACAUGACUUUAUUCAGUUUGACUACUGACCUUUGAAGGCUUGCCUGCUUGGCAUCAAGGUCUCAAGGGUCUCUCAUGCCGGUGAAGCGGAAACAGAAUAUACAGCUGAAGAUGGUCUGUCCUAGGCUGCUUCUUCGGCAGAACAGUCGAUUCCCGCGUAGGUAAACUUCUCAUAAAGCGUGGUAUUCACAUAGGUCUAGAAGAACAAGAGUGGUUCAGAGACACAAACUGGCUCGGUCCUGCCUCCGCCAGGGGCAGUUACAGUCAUGCCCCGGUUUCCUUAGCUUGUUUAAGCACAAAUGCAGGUACUUGGGGGGGGUAGUUCUCUAUCCUCAUUCCCCCUGUUGUGUUUAACAACUUUCUUCCUGAAAAGCAUCCCUUGCCUGCUGCAAGUAAGAUUGCUUCCUCUCACUUGUUUCAGUCUCCGGCUUCUCUUUCUCAUGGUCUCUCACUGGUCCCUCCUGACAUGCCCCACAUCCUCUAAGGCCCCUUUCUCUGUCUGCUUCUCAUCUCCUGCUGUGUGACCUCACCCACAUCUUUGGUUUACUUACCAACUGGGUUUUGAUGACGUUCAACAUCUACUUCCCUAACCUAGAUUUGUCUUUCGAACCUCAGAUCUGUAUAGUCAACUACUUUCUAGAAAUUUUGAUAGAAUUCCUGACCCUCCCCAUAGUAACCUGUAGACCACGCUCUGUUGUCUACCUGCUGUUUGUCCUUGGGCAAGUCACUUUUCACCCUUCUAAGUCUGUUUCUUCCUCUAUAAAAUUAAAGGGUCAGGCUGUAUGACUGAUGAAGAUUUAAGAUUCCUUCUAGCUCGAAUAAGCCAGUUCUAUAUGUUGUUCUACUGUGUGUGACUGUAUCUUAUAUAGGAAUCUUAUUUCCUCCAAAAUUGUAACUUCCUCAAAGUUGGGUCCACAUCUUUUAUGUCCCUAUAGCACCUAGGGUCAUGCUCAGGGGAACCUGUUGACUUGUAUCAACUUUUUAUUAACCACAGUGGACACAUGAAUUCUGCUUAUGUAGAAUUUGAUCUCCAUACUCACCUUUCGUUCUUCUAACAUCCUGUUUAAGGACACCAGGAUCUGGGCAAAUGAGGGCCUUUCAUAAGGCUUCUCCCGCCAGCAUUGUCUCAUGAGAUCAUACCUUUGAAAACAGUGGAAGGGUUAAGUCUACAACUGUGCUUCCGGCCUAGGCACAGCCAGGUGUAGGGUAUGGCAAACAAGAGAAUGUAGCCACCCAACGCAUGGUCAUCAUGCUUAGCCAGUAAAAGACAAAAGUACGGCACCUAGGACGGUUCUGUUAGGCCUCCCAUCUCCCCAUCCAAGUUCCCUUUCUUCUCCCAGUAGAUCUAGUGCCUGCUUUAGGUACCAUUCCCACGGGAUCUUGGUCUCAGCUAUUCUGAUUAUCUGGAAAGAACUGAGUUACGUGUCUAGGGCAGCAUGUCCCUUGGAAUACCACACCUCUCAAAAUGUCAGUGUUUUAUUUUUUUUAAAUGGCCCCGUGCUCAAGUAAAUUUGCAAAAUGCCACCUAUCGCAUCUUCCUCUUAGGGAUCAACCCAGGAAAGUCAUUCCAUUAAAAACAAACAACCUUUUUGACCAGGUUUAACCUAGAAGCUUCCCAGACAUAACUGAUCACAGAACUCCCGUGUCAUUUAUUUACGUCUCACACUUUCCACAUAGUUUAGGGAGUGCUGGUCUAAGUCAGUACUUUCUCAAAUGUGGCCAGAACUACUUGUACUGUUAAAAUGCAGAUUCCUGGGACCCACCCUAGAUGUACAGAAUCAUGUCUGGCAAUGGGGCUCAAGAUUUCACAUGCUGACCAAGUGACUGAGGGGAACUGUAGUGCACAGAGCGCUAUCAGCCUGGGGUGUGAGAGAUUCUAUCAAUAGAACAGUUUGUACUUUAACAGAAGUUUCAUAAGGGCUGAAAAUAUCACUCCUUAGGGAAUGAAUCUCAAAACAUGGGAUUUUAGGGACUUUGUCCAAUGAUGGUUCAAAUACAUGCAGGUUUUCCCAGGACGGUCUAGUUUUAUAUCUCUUGUACCAUAACAAUAAUGACACCCUGUUUCACUCUUAGAAGUGGCUUGGUCUGGAUGGUAAAUGAUUUGCUCAGCCUAGAGCCUUGCACUCUUCAAAUCAUGCCAGUUAGGCAGCAACUACAUUGGUUAGUUCUGGGAAUGGCAACAUCACUAAAGAUAAUCAUUAUUCCCCUGAGAAGAAUACUUAUUCCUGGAAAAUAAUCCUCAUAGAAGUAAGAUUUUAUGAAGAAAAAUCUGUCUUCCUUAAUGUAACAGCUCUGAAAUCUCUGUCCCCAAAGUUAGUCUCAAGGUUUCAUACAUUUAUUCGUGGAUAAUUUUAUGAAUUUAUUUCAGCUCUUUUCUGUCUUUGUUGCCCUUUCUCAUUUCAACCUUAAGAUUCAACCAAGAAUCAUCACCUUAAAUUCCUCCUGGACUUCUAUGCCUAGAAAGCUGUUAUUCCCUGCCCAUUGCAUCACAGUCUUAAUUUCAAGAACCCCCUUGUUUCUGACUAUCUGGGAUGUGUGUGUGUGUGUGCGUGUGUGUGUACAUAUAGGAAAACAUAUGUGCAUGUAUCAGAUAGCUCCUUCAUUAGAGUCAGUCCAAGAAAGGUACAGGGGGAAAGUUAGGAUAAAAUCGCCCCGGGUGAGGCCUGACUUACACCUCAUCAUCACAGUUUAGGGGCUUCUCCAAUCUGUAGCCCUGGGGCAGCUUCUCGUAGAGUUCUGCACACGUCAUCCCACAGUAAGGGGUGCCACCUGGAAGACAGGAAACGGUGCGCCCUAAGCCCCCUCGGAUGUAGAAGGCAGCAUCUCCUGCCCUGAGGCUAUACAGCCAAGGGGCUGGGAGAAAGACGGGGUGUGUCAAGCAAUGCUGAGCGCCCGGUGUGAUCUUCCUCCGGAGCAAGCCUACCGCACGUCACAGCUGGACUUCGGCUACAGACCGUGCUCCCGGGCGGCGUCUCCUUAGUGCAGAGGAUCCACCACAGUCUCCUUCCUUCCCGUGCUAUUCCUCUUCCCCAAGUCUGUCUACACAUAGCACAUCUACUGUACCAAUGACAUGGAUCUUUUUCCUAAUUGGAAGUCUGUAUUUAUGUUAUGCAAUUCCUAUUUUAUCUAUCAAUGUUAAUUAGAAAAGCAAUACAUGUUUAUUGUGGAAAAUACAAAAAAUAAUGCAGAAAACUACAUUUUUUAAA